AUGCUGCAAUUGUCAAGCACCCUCUCGAAGACUCUCGGAAGGGGUAGCAGCAACACGAUCUUGCGCGUCGGAGGAGCUUCCGCCAACAACAACCCCUACACUCGUAGUGGCCUGAUAUGGCGGUGGGCGCAACGGUGGUGGCGUGCCCGGGGUCCGACGACAGCAUCUUAUCGACGAGGAUUGAGUUCUUCGCGGGGCCGUCACCUGAUACGCCCUAAGCAGCAGCUCUUACAAACACGAGCGAAAGGGGAAGAUGCAAGGGGGAUACACACUCACGAAUCUGAGAAAGGGGAAAUCGGAAAUACCAUAUACGCCCUCGCAACGGCGUCUGGGAGGGCGGCUAUCGCUGUGGUUAGGGUUUCGGGACCGGCUUGUCUGAAUGUUUGUUGGACGAAACCACCUACUCUUCAUUAUCACUCGGUUUUUGUUUUUCUGCUCUCGUGUUUGUUCAUUGCUGAUUGAUUGAUGGGCCCACGCGUUCAGGUCUACUCAUCCCUUUGUCCCUCCCGCCCGCCCCCUGCCCCACGAAAGGCUACCCUGAGGGCACUGUGCCGCCCCAAUUCUCCCAGGGAAGAGGUCCUCGACCCAGGCGCUCUAGUGCUCUUCUUUCCAGCACCAAAUUCGCACACAGGUGAAGACGUGCUGGAACUUCACCUUCACGGAGGUCCUGCCAUAAUCCGUGCAGUUCUCUUCUCCAUCUCAACCCUAUCCACGCCACAAGUUCCCAUCCGUCCAGCGGGCCCCGGAGAGUUCACCCGCAGGGCAUUCGCUAACAACCGCCUCUCGCUGCCACAGAUAGAAGCACUGGGAGACACGCUUUCGGCCGAAACCGAGCAACAGCGAAAACUCUCUGUCCAAGCCACCACCUCAGGCCUGAGCCGUAAAUACGAGCAAUGGCGGAAAAUGCUACUCUCGGCGAGGGGCGAGUUGGAGGCUAUAAUCGACUUCUCGGAGGACCAGCAGUUCGAUACUGCCCCCGCGGAAAUAUGCUCUAGCGUGGUUUCCAUCAUCCAGGAGCUGAAGCCCAUGAUACAGCUGCAUGUAGAUAGCGCUGUUCGCGGGGAGCUCCUCCGCAGCGGGAUAAGCCUUGCGCUUGUUGGUGCUCCGAACGCCGGGAAGAGUUCACUCCUGAAUAGGGUUGUUGGGAGGGAGGCCGCGAUCGUUUCUGGGGAGGCGGGCACGACCAGGGAUGUGGUUGACCUGACGGUAGACAUCGGUGGGUACAUGGUUCUGCUGGCGGACACAGCUGGCCUUCGGAAGGCAAAGCUCGCAGGGGAAAUCGAGAAGGAGGGCAUGCGGAGAGCCAAAGAACGGGUUCAGGGCAGCCACGUCGUCAUCGCUGUCCUAUCGAUCGAAACCAAGGACGGGAAUGAUGGUAGCAGCACUCCAUACCUACCCUUACCUAACGAAGUCCUUGAAGUCCUCCGUGAGGCGCAAGACCAAUACAAGCAAGUCCUGGUUGCAGUAAACAAGACUGACCUCCUCCACCUCCCACCCGGCCGAACACUUCCAGAGCAUUUCUUCAACCAAAUAACCUCACACCUCCCAACCCUCCCACAAACUCACAUCCACGGUAUAACAUGCACGCACCCCUCACCCUCCGACGGCAUUCGGCCUCUCCUAGCAACUCUAACUCAAGUCUUCGCGAAAAUGACCGCCGCGGCAACAGACAACGACACGUUCUCCACUCUCGGGGAUGCAAUCGGAACAACAGAUCGUCAACGCAGGCUCCUGGAAGAGUGCAUGUCCUAUCUGGACGCCUUCCUGGAUAGGAUCGCGGGCGAGGGAGGUGAGGCGGACGUGGUCGUCGCGGCGGAGGAGCUCCGCUUCGCUGCAGGAUGUCUUGCGCAGAUAACUGGUAGGGGGGAGGGUAGUGGUGAUGUGGAAGAGGUUCUUGGGGUUGUUUUCGAGAAGUUUUGUGUUGGCAAGUGA